AUGUCAGAUCAACAAGCACAAGACUCGGUCUCAGGGCCGUCACCAGUGCCUGUCCUCGGCGAAGGAUUUCAGGAGACUCCGCCACCGUCUGAGGACAAAACAACAUCGGAAGGGACAGAUCCUGGGUACGUGGACUCCAAGACGGGCAAGCGUAGAUUCUGGGGCCUUGGGAAGAGAAGGGACGACGAAAAGGCAAAGAAGAAGAAAGAUGCUUCAGAAAGCAGUAGCUCAUCCAUGAAGAUUACCAAGCAACCGCCUACGAUGCAGCCUACUUCACCGCCUGGCCAUGGAGGGAACAUACCAACCUUAGCAAACGUUUCGUCGCACCCGUACUCGCCUUCGUCUCCAGUCAGGAACCUUAAUACUUCCUCACCAGCACCGCCAUCACCAGCAUCAUCGCAAAUUUUCGAGCGACAUGUACAAGAAGACAUACUCACGAUCCCAGAACAAGCACCGAUACCUGGUCACAUCGCGACUGAAAACCACAUACCACCAGUUUUGGAUGCUUCCUCUGAAGCUAUCACAAAUGAGGAGCUGAAUCCCAAUAAUGUAGAAAUUGUCAUGCACUCUGCACAUCAUCCAGCCUCACUGACUGUGGUGGGGGAAGCGCCAGGGCCCACAAUGCCAGACGAGUAUAUUCCAAUUCCAGACGGCGAAGAUGGAUCCUCUAAUUAUGGAGCCUUGGAUUCGACGGAUGUCCGCAGAUUGAGUUUUAUAUCUUUUGCUGAUGUUGUUCAUUCGGAACAUACACAUGACGGAGGCAGCAUUGCAACGGGGAUGAUAAGUCCCGUCGUCUCUCAAAACCGUUCACCAUCCCCGAUACGCUCACCUUUGUCGUCUCAGGGUCUCGGCGGGUCUCCAAAUCUAUCGGGAUCUGUCUCGUCCAAAGGUCGCGAAACUUCUCCAAACAGAGCGGGCAGAAGCCUAGCAAGCCCUCUGCCGGGUCAUUCUCCUCCUCUAGGUGGGGAGUUGACAAUCGAAACUAUGCGGCAAGCCCUCCGAAAGACUGGAAGCGGGGACCUCAGCGGUGGGAGGAGUCUACCAAUGAGUGCUACGAGCGACAAUGAAGAGAAUGCUGCACAAGCAUUCAAGUAG